UGUGUGACGUCAUCGCAGAACUUUGCUAGUCGCUGCUCGACCGUAGCUAGCUAGCGAAAAUAUCUGAAAUAUACAUUGUUUGUUUUACCAUUAAUAACCUUUACAGUUCGGUGUAGUAGCGACUAACUGCUGCUUUGGAAGAAAUAUUUGUAGUGUUAGAAAGAACCAUAGCAGAAUACGAGGAGGAACUUUCUAGAAGAAAAGAGGAGAACGAGCGACAACGUCAACUACUGGACGCUCUUUUCAACAAACGUCAACAAACAGACGUGGGUGAAGAACAGCAGUAGUGGACCUCCCAGAUGGAGCACAUGAAAGAGGAACAGGUGGCGCCACAGCCCCCUCACAUUAAAGAGGAAAAGGCGGAGCCACACACCCCCCACUUUAAAGAGGAAGAGACGGAGCCACAGCCCCCUUACAUUAAAGAGGAAGAAGAGGAAUGCAGCGUUAGUCAGGGUGGCGACCAUCUUGAAGGACUGGAGGACUUCCCAGUUGUUUGUGUGAUUGUGAAGGGUGAAGAAGAAGAGGACAAAGGUGAAAGUGAGGAGAAGGGAGAGGCGGAGAAACCAAGCAGCAGCUCAACUCAACACAUGACAAGAGAAGGUGAUGGUGGAGGAUCACAAGCAGACUUAGCUCAACUCUCAGAGAGCGAGGAGACGACGUCUCACUCCGCUGACACUGAUGAAGAUGAAGAGUGUGGUAGGAGGCGUCACCCUGACAACACACGCUCGAAAUGCUCUCAGUGUGACAAAACCUUUGUGAGCUUGGGAAAUCUGAAGAGACACAUGAGAAGUCACACCGGCGAGAAACCAUUUGUGUGCUCCGUUUGCGGUAAGAGAUUCUCCCAGAAGGUGCACUGGAGAGCACACAUGGGAACACACGCCAGAGAGAAACUAUGUUCCUGGCCCGGCUGCAACAAACGUGUGUGUGACAGCUUGGCGUUGGACCGGCACAUGAGGACGCACACUGAAGUACAAGCACACUCCUGCUCAGUCUGCGACAGACGUUUUGACGAGCGUGCAGAAUUGGAUCGACACGUGAGAAGACACAGUGAAAAAAAACCCUUCCCCUGUUCAAUCUGCGGUUUAGGUUACGGACGAAAGGCCGAUUUGAAUGUCCACCUCAGGUUGCACACCGGGGAAAAAACCUUUUCCUGUACAAUCUGCGGCGUAGGUUUUGUGAGAAACGCGGACCUGACGGUGCACGUGAGACGACACACCGGCCAAAAGCCCUUUUCCUGCUCGGUGUGCGGUUUGAGUUUCCUAAGAAAUGGCUAUUUGAAAAUACACAUGAGGAGACACACUGGAGAAAAACCCUUUUGCUGCUCGAGCUGCAACAAGUGUUUCCGUGACCAGACCAACCUUGUCAAACACAUGAGAACGCACACUGGCCAGAAACCAUAUUCCUGCUCAAGCUGCAACAAAAGCUUUGGUGAACAAAAAUACUUGGUAAAACACAUGAGGAUCCACACUGGAGAGAAAGUGUUUAGUUGUGCUGAGUGUGGUGAAAGAUUCUCUUAUAAAUACCAGCUCAACAAACACUCCUGUGUCGCCGACAACAGCGGCAGUAAAUGAAGCUGCAGGCUUUCGAAAAACUUUGGUGACUUUUACUUUCAGUUUUUUUUUACCAACACCAGCAGAUUUAACACAUUUAAUGUAUGUGUUGCGUAACAAUCGGUUUAAUUGUCUUCUACCAUUUCAAAUUGAAUGAAAGAUUUUGAAAGUUUCCCAAAAACUAUUUUUAGUCGCAUUUCCUGUGCUUAAAACUACAUAAAAAUGUUAACUCAAUCAAGAUGAUUGAAGCCCUCCCUUCUCACACAUUGAACCAUUCCACACUACUGCACAUGUGCAGACUUGCUUCAGGAAGACCCACUGAAACUAAAAUGUUAAAGGGGAACAUUAUCAGCAGACCUAUGUAAGCGUCAAUAUAUACCUUGAUGGUGCAGAAAAAAGACCAUCUAUUUUUUUAACCGAUUUCCGAACUCUAAAUGGGUGAAUUUUGGCGAGUUAAACGCCUUUCUGUUUAUCGCGCUGGAGGCGAUGACGUCAGAAUGUGACGUCGCCGAGGUAACACACCCACCAUUUUCAUUUUCAACACAUUACAAACACCGGGUCUCAGCUCUGUUAUUUUCCGUUUUUUUGACUAUUUCUUGGAACCUUGGAGACAUCAUGCCUGGUGGGUGUGUUGUCGGAGGGUGUAACAACACUAACAGGGAGGGAUUCAAGUUGCACCACUGGCCCCAAGAUGCCAAAGUGUCUGCCGCCAGACCCCAUUGAAUGUGCCAGAGUGUCUCCACAUUUGACCGGCGGUGCUAAAGCAGACAUGGAACAGAGAUGUAUGGAUAACCUGCAGAUGCAUUUGCAACUAUAUUACGUUUCCUUCCACCCACAUUUAAUGCGAAACAAACACUUACCAAUCGACAGAUUUAAGUUGCUCCAGUGUCAAAAGAUGCGAAAGUCCUGAUCGUUUGGUCCGCACAUUUUACCGGCGAUGCUAACGCAGCUAUUCGGCCAUGCUAUGGCUAUGAAUAGCGUCAAUAGCUAUUUGCUCAAUAGCUUCAGUUUCUUCUUCAAUACUUUCAUACUCCAUCCAUCUGUUUCAAUACAUGCGUAAUCUGUUGAAUCGCUUAAGUCGCUGAAAUCCGAGUUUGAAUCCGAGCUAAUGUCGCUAUAUCUUGCUGUGGUAUUCCCAUUGUUUGUUUACAUUGGCAGCACUGUGUGACGUCACAGGGAAAUGGCCAGUGUCUUCGCAGAGAGCGAAAAUAAGGCACUUUAAAGCUUUAUUUAGGGAUAUUCCGAGACCGGUAAAAUUUGGAAAAAAACUUCAAAAAAUACAACAAGCCACUGGGAACUGAUUUUUAUUGUUUUUAACCCUUUUGAAAUUGUGAUAAUGUUCCCCUUUAAGGCAGUUGUGAGAGGCAUCAGUGAUACUUUUCAUGGCAAAUAUUUGAGUACUAAAGCGCAGGUGAGACCUGGCAGGUCAACAGUCUUCUCUCGUUCAAACCUUUAGGAGCUCUCUUUUUCCCACCAGUCACACACUUUCCGUCUUCACAAUAAAAGUGCGGGCGCCUCACAUCUGAUCGUACAGUAUUCUAUGCUGACGAUACGGAAAAAGGCAGAUAUCGAUGUAUUUCUAGUGUUGGUAUUGAAUUAUUGAUACUUUUGACAAAACUUUUAAAGAAUAAAGUUUAUAUUAUCAUUAUUUCUACUCAGAGCACACACACAAAAUAAUGAAAAUGUUCUGCGGCUCAAAUCUUUCUGCGAUGUUCCAACUCUAAAACAACCAAGAUCCUUUUGUUUCUGCAAUGAAAAUUUUACCGAAAUCAAGCAAUCAGUCAUUAAAUAUAAUUUUUUUAAAGUAAAGUAAUUAAGUAAUAAAACCAUGAAGACAAUACAAAAACGAAGUUCGAAUGUAUAAAAAGUGUCAUGACUCGACAUAUAUCACAUUCCAAACAAUUUUAUAUUAAAGAUGUUGAUUUUUGUGAUAAUGUUCUAAAAAAUACAUGUAAAGAAUUCCCUUUACUGAAGUAGAGUACAAAUAUAUUUAUUAUGUAUCGAUUUCUCACUCAAAUUCAAAGAACACAAAUUAGGAUUAUUAAUAAAUUUCACUUUACUAAUGUUUUAUUGAAAAAUGCUAAUAACAUUGUCAUAUCUGUGUGAUCAUGUUUUGUUUUAGUCAUGUUUUGUUUUUGGACUCUUUGUGCACUAUUGUUUGUUUUGUCACCGUAGCAACCCAUUAGUUUUCACCUGUCCUCAUGUCACGCACCUGUCUCACGUUUUGCACUCGCACACCUGUUUUCACUAAUCACCACAGCACUAUUUAAACCUGUAGUUGCCAGGUAGUCAGCCUGGCGACUUUACCUUUACCCACAUCAUGCCAUGCUACCUCUACUUCAUGCCAUGCCCUGCCUGUCACUCAUACUGUCCAUAGUUUCCCUCCUGCCCAUGCCACGUAAGUUUUUGAUUUUUAUGUCACAGUUAUCGAGUAUUUCCUUUUGUCCAUAGUUCUGCCUUUGUGCUAGUUUUUGUUUUCAUUAGUCACGUUUGCUUUCCGCCAUUGUGAGCGCCUUUUGUUAGCUUCAUUUUUUUUGUAGUUUGUUAGUGUUAAAAUAAAAUUUGUACUUACAUUCACGUCUUGCCCGCGCCAACUUUCCUUUGCCUUCUGGAGAAACAAACCCUCAAGUCCACGUAUUGUCACAUAUUAUAGAAAAUGUCCAUCUUUUUUAUUUUUAAAGACAGUGUUUUUAUCUAUUUAUGAGAGCCAGAAGUAUAAAUAUUUACCAGAGCAGAUAUCACAUUAGUUGGGUACCAAUAUGAUACAUCUUUUAUUUUAUCUUAACAACAUAUCCAAAAAUGCUUAAUAAAUCCAACCCAUUUUUCACGCAAUAUCAGUGCCUAACACACAUGUCCACUUCCUGUUCUUCAUUUGUACCACAAUUGACUUUCAUAAUUUGUAAACUCAACACUUCUCUUCAUAAAUAGUUAAGUCAGUCAUAAGAUGAAUAACAUCAUAUUUUCAAUAAAUGCAUUGUGUUUAUUCCAUUUCUUCUUCCUCUGUAAACAUUUGUAGUUUGAACAAAUUCUUAUAUCCAUUCCCUAAUUGAAUUCCACAUAAAGGUUUUAAGUGUUGUGCAUGCAUGCAAGUGUUUUUUCUCUCAGUUUAUAUUAUUCCACUUUUCUUGAGAAGAAUUGUCUAGCAGGUUUUAAUUGGAUUUGUACGUAACUUUAAUUGUUUGCAAAUGCACCAAAUCAUUGAAUUUUAAUAUUUUGGAUUGAAUAAAUAGUGCUUGUGUGUUCUCGAUGUCAAACAUUAUGUUUUAUUAUAACUGAUCUUUGUUUUAAUAACAAAGUUAGUGAAUGAAGUGGACUUUUCUAAUAAUUUCCCAUAUUUCUGCACAAUCCCUCAGAUAUGUAACACUAGCGAGCAGUAGACAAUAUGAAGUCAUUUUUGGUCCAGAAAAUAUUUAGUUUUAUUCAUUAUUGACGUAUUUAUUGUCACUUUAUGUUGUACAAUAUUUGUAUGAGAUUUCCAGUUAUUUUACCAUCUUUUAUCACCCCCAAAAAUAUAAAUAAUUGUACUCUGUUUAUUUGUGUUUCACUUUCUCUUCUUCUGUUACCAAAUGUUAAGUUCCACUCUUCUACUCCAAAAAGGACCCACAGACAAGUCACAGUUUUUAAUUGAUCAACUUUUUAUUUUCCAACAUGAAGCGUUGUUGCUUUCAUUUCAGUUGAUCUUCCAACAAUCAUCAGUAGCUUGUCAAGUUUUAAAGCCCAGAAAGAGAGAUUUUAACAAUCAAAUGACACAGCUAUUUUCAAACAUUGUUUUACAAAUGCUUUUAAACCUGUGAAUAAUGUUUCAAACUUUCUACAUCAUGUUUGAACUUUUAGCAAGACUUAAACAUGAUUUCAUCCUUUAACUUUGCAUUCAUCUCUUCUACUUCUAACUUUAAACAUUAAACCAUAAGCUUUGACUUAAAACCUUUUAACUUUAACCAUCUGCUAUUACAACUUAAGCUUAAACCAUUUAACAUUUGAACUUAAGCUUUAAAUGUUCACGUGUCAAAGCCAGAAUGUUGUCAUUGGUGAAAGUUUCAUGCGGUGGUUGAAGUUGAAAGAAAGAAAAGAGGAGAGUUGAGUAAGCAAAUGAAGAAAGUUGCAGGUUCAACUGAAGCUUAUCAAAGUCAACAUGUGGAUGUCGAUGAUAAGAAGAAGAAGCACAUUGAGCCACCAAAAUGGAUACAUGGAUGAUACAACAGAGGAUUGGGAGAAUGUCAUGUGGUCAGAUGAAACCAAAAUAGAACUUUUUGGUAUAAACUCAACUGGUGGUGUUUGGAGGAAGAAGAAUACUGAGUUGCAUCCCAAGAACACCAUACCUACUGUGAAGCAUGGGGGUGGAAACAUCAUGCUUUGGGGCUGUUUUUCUGCUAAGGGGACAGGACGACUGAUCCGUGUUAAGGAAAGAAUGAAUGGGGCCAUGUAUCCUGAGAUUUGGAGCCAAAACCUCCUUCCAUCAGUGAGAGCUUUGAAUGGUUGACCAAAUACUUAUUUUCCACCA